AGACGGGCGUAACAGCUCGGCCAAAAUGCGUAACGCCCGCCUAAAUGUUGCAUUCUGGCACGCAAUGGGCCACAACGAGGGGAAAAAGCGUGCUGAAAAUCGGGCCCGCUUUCAGGCAAAACGUCCCCGCUUUUUGGACGUUUUCCGCCCAUUUUUCUAUGUGGGCAGUGAGUAUUCAAAGUAAACAUGAUUUCGACUCGGUUGAUCCGCGCGCUGAAUGGCCGCAGCUAUUUGCAUUCGAUUGCCGUUGUAAGUUCCGGUAGUUCCGGAAUACGGUACGCCAGCAACAGGAACACAAACUUUAACCAGCUGUUUUCGCCGAAAAAGUCGCUGGUUCGAUCAGUUGAGACCACCGAGAAACAUCGAUGUCAGAGAAUUUCAUCAUCCAGUAUCAUAAAUCUUCACGACAGCAUUCAGCUGAAGAAGCGGCCCCGCCGUUUCCGACGGGAGGAUGAAAUCAGCAAGCUUGAGAAGGGUUAUCUAACUGUGACGGCGUUUGCCACAGCCGGCGAGUACGAUCUGGAGCGGCUACUGGCUGCGUUAAAGGACCAGAACCUGUACGAACCGAAGCAGUUCCUUUCCAGCGGGGACAACGACACCGAUCCGGAUGUAUUGCACGUCACCGCCAAGUACAAGGUGGGUAACGAGUCCCGUGAUCUGUACUUUUUCCGAGAGGGCACCGUGGUGCUGUGGAAUUGCACCGACCUGGAAAACAGCAACAUUCUUCGGUUUUUGAAGCAGUUUGAACAGGAUUCUUACGACGAGUCAACCGUUUUGGAAGAAAGUGAAUCUAUGCUGUACAACACUAGCGAUAGCGUGGCUCGGUUGAAGAACAAUAGCUUUUACGUUUCCAAGGCGGACGACACCGGUCUGGAGAAGUAUACGUUUUCCAACGCGAUGUCAUUGUCGGUAAAGCUGGGAAUCUGGGAGGCGUCACUGGAACGCUACAUCGAAUCGAUGGCUUUUGUUACGGACGAUUUGAAAAAGGGUAACAGCAUUAAAAUAUCGCGCCCGGAAAUGCUUCGCAAGACUGGAGAACUCUUCGCGUUGCGUCACUUGAUUAAUCUUAGCUCAGAUUUGCUGGACGUACCGGAUUUUUACUGGGAUCGUGAACAACUGGAGCACCUUUACCAACAGACGAGUUCAUAUUUCAGCAUCAAUCGACGCACAAGAGUUAUGAACGAAAAGCUUAAUCAUUGCGUCGAACUGGCAGACCUGAUAAGUUCAAAUCUUAACGACGAUCACCACGUUCGAUUGGAAUGGAUGAUAAUUAUUCUUAUCAUGGUUGAGGUUGGGUUUGAGAUAUUGCACUAUGCAGAUAAAUUUCUUUAAUCUAAAGCUGAAAGAAAUGCAAUUAAAAUUUUAUUAAUGCGUUAGCCAAAAAAUUGUUUUC